AUGGAUUCGGGUAUAAAGUUAUCAAGAGCUGAAGAUGAGAAAGAAGUCGAUGCUACCUGGUACAUGCAAAGUCCUAGAGAGUCUCAUGGGAUCACGAUAAAACAGUGUCUACGAUACCUUCAAGGCACCACAACCCUCGGUUUAUCAUUCAACCGGUCAAGUGAAAGCACUCCAAGACUCAUUGGCUAUAGCGAUAGCAGUCAUAAUGUCGAUCAAGAUAAUGGAAGAAUCACGUCUGGUCAUAUCUUCUACCUUGGAAGCAGUCUGAUCACGUGGUCUUCAACAAAGCAAGAGACAGUCAUGUUAUCGUCAUGCAAGGCUGAGUUUAUGGCCGGAACUGAAGCAGCUCGACAAACAAUUUGGAUCAAGGAUCUAUUGUGUGGAGUUAUGGGAUUCAAGUGGAAGAAAGCUGUGAUCAGAAUCGACAAUCAAUCAGCAAUCGCGUUAACAAAGAAUCCAGUCUUUCACGGCAAAAGCAAGUAUAUACUACGAGAUAUCAUUUUAUACGAGAAUACAUUGAGAAGGGGUUAA